GCCAUACGGUUUGUACAUUGGCAAGAAUAGCUCAAAAUCUUGAACCAAACACCCUUCUUCUCUUUUGCUCUCUUCUCCUUUCCCUGAGAAACUUUAAAGAAGUUGAAGUCAGCUUGUUUAUGUUUAAAUUUACACACUAAUGCAAACACAGGGGACGAAAAAAGAGAGGUUUCAAGCUAACAUGUUGCCAGAAGGUUGUGUCUCCAAAAUUCUAUCCUUUACAUCUCCACUUGAUGUCUGUAGAUCAUCACUUGUAUCUUCUGAUUUUCGGUCGGCUAUGGACUCGGACGCUGUCUGGGAAAGAUUUCUGCCAGUGGAUUAUCAUGAUAUUCUCUCAAGACUUGUCACUCCUUUGAAGUUCUCUUCAAAGAAAGAGCUUUAUCUUCGUCUGUGCGAGCCAGUUCUCAUAGAUGCUGGUAGAAAGAGCUUCAAAUUAGAGAAAUCAUCCGGCAAAAAAUCCUGCACACUGUCUGCACGAGAGCUUUUUAUCAUGUGGGGUGAUGUUCCAACAUAUUGGAGUUGGAUGCCAACAACUGAAUCAAGAUUUUCAGAGGUAGCCAUACUCAGAACAACCUGGUGGUUAGAAAUCCAAGGCAAAAUCAGAACUCAAAUGCUGUCGCCAAAUACAAAAUACGGAGCUUAUCUCAUAAUGAAAAUUUCGGAUCGUGCAUAUGGGCUUGAUUUCAUACCCUCAGAAAUGUCAGUUGAAGUGGGGAACCAAGUAUCAUCUAGCACUGGGUAUCUACAUUGCCAAGAUAACAACAAACAGCCAAUUGUGUGCCUGGAUAAUACAAAUCCCACAGAAGUAGUAGAAACAAGCUUGAAAGACAAACAGGAAAAAAUGCCAAGAGAAAGAGAUGAUGCGUGGAAUGAAAUUGAGUUGGGGGAGUUCUUUACAGGUGAGAAUGAUGAGGAGGUAAAAAUGAGUUUCAUGGAAGUCAAGGGUUGUCAACUGAAAGGAGGGCUUGUAAUUGAUAGCAUUGAAAUAAGGCCCAAAUAGUCUUGAUUUAAGA